GACGAGUGUUUGGAAGGGAUCCACAACUGCCACACCGAUGCGGAGUGCAUCAACGCCCAAGGCUCUUACGAGUGCAGGUGUAAGAAUGGUUACCAAGGCGACGGUUUCACCUGCAAACCCCAUUGUCACGGCGAGUGCCUCAAUGGAGGAAAGUGCAUUGAGCCCAAUGUGUGUCAGUGUCGUCAUGGAUACAUCGGACCUAACUGCGAACUUGAUAUCGACGAGUGCGCUCUGGGCGUGUCCACGUGUCGCGGCCACUGUGUGCAUCAACGAGCCUGGCUGGUACCACUGCGACUGUGUGCAGGGCUUCCACUCCAUCUGGCCCGACAACCACUACGGCAGCCUGUGUCUGGACUUGAACGAGUGCGUGGGCGAAGGUGAAGGUCACACGUGCCAUCCCAGCACGCAAUGCGUCAAUGAAGAGGGAAGCUACUCGUGUCGCUGCUUGAAACAGGAUAACUGCUUGCACAGCUGUAUAUUCCAGGGAGCAGAUCACAAAAAUGGCAGCAGAUGGCACUCUACAGUUGACAAGUGUAUGACUUGUACAUGCCAGAGCGGCGUGGCCACCUGCCACAAGAUGACGUGCGACUGCGAGUCCCCGGAUGUUGACCUCGACUGCUGCCCACGCUGUGACGUGUCGGCCAGCUGUCACCACCAAGAGUUUUCUCUGGUACUCCAGCAUGGAGAGACCUGGACCUACCGGUGCCAGAUCUGCGAAUGUCUGCAUGGUGAGACGGACUGCUGGCCCAUGGACUGCCCUCAGCUGACCUGUCAGAACGCCGUGCAGGAGCCUGGGGACUGCUGCCCCCGCUGCGUCGACACCAACCCCUGCGCCAACCCGCUGCUGCUGCAGGCCGGGGGCCGCGAUAGCUCCACGAGCACCUGUGUGUACAUGGGCACGACCUACGGCCAUGGAGACACAUGGGUCUUGGAGACCGACCCCUGCACCAGCUGCGAGUGCAAGGCCGGCCAUAUUUGCUGCUCUUACAGCCAGACAUGCGCAGCAAGCCGGAAGUUGCAGUGAUAGUGUGUGACUGCAUGUUUAUGGAACUGGAAUUUCAGCCUGGUUUUUUGGAAAAAAAAUGUUGGAUUCCUUUUAAACGCUGGCCUCUUUUUUCCCCAGACAUGUUAGCACAGAACUUUAUCGGCUUGCCUAUUUAUCGUGCAGAAUUUUAUUUUGCCGCAGACGACGCACGUCUCUAUAAAUAGAUAUGCCCAGGCUAUUUUUGGCCAUUUCGCUCGACCAACGCAAGUGUUAGCUGUGCUUACGUAGACUUCCGGUGUGGUGAGAGCAGCCUCCAGCUAACUAGCUUCACAAGUGUUCGAUGGAUGUCGCGGCAAGGUGUUCUCUGGUCACUGGCUUAUUUGUUGUUCUGGUGUGUGUACAUUAGCAAAGAUCAGUGGACUUGCGGUGGAGUCCGAUCAGAUGGGAUACAACAACCGUCUGGUCUGAUGAGCACCAGGAGGACAGCAGACAUUUUCUUAACGAAUGAUUGUAACUGUUUCAUUGACAUGUUUAAACCUAAAUGGCUGCUACAUAGUCAAAAUAUAUGCCUGCAGUCUGAGUAAUAUAUGUGCGAUUGUGACGCAUUAUUUGUGAAAUAUUCCUAAGCUGUUUUGUGAAAAUGCGAAGGAAUAAAGAGGUGUAGGUAGGUGAAUGGGACUCUAGUAUCCAGCCAAUCGAAUAACCCCAUUCCCAAACCUUUUCCUCCCAAGCGGUGUGGAUAUCACCUGUCUAUGGGGAUCGCAAGAACACCUUUUUUGUCAGGCAAGACCAGCAGGAGUAAAUAGGUGUUGAUCGUUGGGGUGGGCAGGAUGACAUCCUCAUGACCUCCCCAGACAUUACGGGAGGUUCUCUACUCUUCCUGGCCAGUUCAAUCUGCAUGGAGUUCCAGAACACGUGGGGCAGACUGCAUAUUUUUCGCUUUGUGCUGUUUAUUUGUUACAGUUAAUCUGAUGCCCAAACAAGUGGAAGUACUCCCGAUAAAUCACUGUAGCUGUAAUUUCUAAGAUCUGUGAUCUCUCUUUUUUUUUUCUUUCCUUCUUUAUUUCUUCUCCAUCUCUCUUUCCUGUCUUCUUUCUUCUCUCUUUAUGUUUCUUGAGAUGUCAUCUGAGUUAAUAAGUUUUGUUGCUUUUUUAAUCCUGAUUUUAUUUUUGUUUUUUAUGUUUUGGUUUGUUUCUGGCUUGAACAUGUCUGAAACAUUUCCCCUCCCCGGUGACUCUUAAGGUCAGUUUGUAGAAAGUCUGCGGUCUUUCGGGAUGUUGGUUUGGUUCGGAGUUCCAACGUUCCUUAUAAGAUGCUUGUAAAGACUUCUGUGAAUACCUUCGUUGAACUUUACCUCCAAACUGACAAAUAUGUGGAAUUUCCUCUAGUUUCUCUCCCCCGACAUUUAGCAAUCCUCCACCUCACCCCCUACCUCCCACACCCUCUAAAUACCUGUUUCUGUUGUUCCCGAUGUGAUGAGCUAUUGUGAUGCAACUAUCGUCGUCUGCUGCUGUGGACAUUGCAAAGACUCGCUCGUGCCGUCUGGCUCACACGUUCUGGAGCCUCGAGUGUGUCCAGGAACAUCUUUAGAUAGAAAUAGUUGUAAGAAUUUGUGCUUGAACUUUAUCAGUCAUGCUUGCAUGUGUUAACCUCCAAAGAAGGCUGGCGCUUGUCUUGCUCACAGCAUUUAUGUGAUUUGUUUGGGGUUUGGUUUUAUUUUAUUUUUUUUUUUUUGCACGUUCAUGUGCGAACAUGUGUGUGUGUGUGUGGAUUAUUUUUUUGUGUGAAUUCUUUUACUAUCAUGGAUGGGUGACAUCUGUGUGACGAUUAUCCUACUGCCUUGUUGAUGCAGCUGUGAUUUCUUAAUAUUUGCCUGAUUUAUUUUUAUCCUUCCCCCUACAAUAGAACUUUAAAGAGCUUGUCAAGUCAAAGAAAUAACUCCAAACUUGUAUUUUCUCUCUGUCUCUGCCAUUGAGUUUGCACGUUCUUCUUGCACUCUUUGAUUUGGAUGAAGGCGCUAAGCGACUCCUUCCUCCGUCGCCUGCUUUGUUUGCCCGCCCCUCACCUUAUUCAUGACGUCAGCAGUCAAAGCGCCAUCUGGCAGUCAUGGCAGGAACGCAACUCCUCUAUUCUCUCCUCGUUCGAUGCUCGUUACAAAACUAUAUUGGCAGGAAGGUCAACGGCAUUAACAGGACAAGACAUGAUUGGUAGGGUGUCACGUGAUUUGUCAUGUCUGUGCAUUACUGUGCAUUUACAAAUCAUGAAACGUACGAACAAUUAUCUGCGAAGCGUAUAAAUUCGUAAUCAUGGCGAGGACUGUGGGGUUUCUUUUUUUUUUUUUUUUUUUUUUCUUUUAUUGGUCUAUGAGGUUGUUUAUAUCAAUACUACUAUUUAUUGCACGAUAUGCAUUGUGGCAUUUAUAUGUUUGCCUGCAGUGUUUCUCUUGGAAAUAACAAAGUUGUUGUUGAAACUGGUUGUGAAAGUUCAUGUUAGAAGUGUACAAACAGCAGGACGAUUUUGGUGAUAUGCUACAACAUCCCCGACCCACCCUAAUCCCCUUUCGCUGUUCUGAAGGCCUUUGGAUGCUGUGUGUAGUUUGAUUAUACAUCAGGAUGAGCCAAGUGAACCCCACUUUCUCUGUAAGGUUCUAGAAUUCUUUCUGUCUUCUCCCUGUUUGAAGAUGUGGUUUUUUUUUCCCGUUGAUGUUGUGCAAUAUGCAAAGUUUGGAGAGUCAUUACACGAAGAAGAGAGUAGCUGGAAUGUUCUGUUUGUAAUCCAGCUGCGCCUUGGUAAGAAGGGUUUGAUAUUCAAGACACCCCUUUACUGGUAUCAAAUGUCAUCUAGAAAUAUCGGUAACUAGUGAAAUGUGAAACGUGUGUUCUUCAUGUGUUUCACCUGUGAUUUUGUUACUUUGUCGGUUCUCGCCGUGAUUUUGUUACAGCGUGUGUCCUAAGUCCUCCGUGCUUUCCCCGCUUUCCUUCAAUGCUAAAUAAGUUUGAUUUAUUUCAGUGAAAUUCUUUGCUUUGCUUCUAUUUGAUUUAGUUUGUUGGGGGUUUUGGUUUGUUUAUUUGUUUAUUUUUGCGUUGUCAAAACUGAUCUGAUUACUUUCACCUUAUGGCCAUUUUUUAUAGAUAUCUUCACCGAGAAAUGGGCAAUUGUUUUGAUUAAUUUUUUUUAUAAUUUAAGCUUUAUAAUUUUUCUUAAUAAUUUAGGGGUUUGGAAAAUAACUGCUAACUAGAUAGUUUGUAUCUAUUUAAUUAUGGUACAUACUUGGCUCCAAACAAAACAAGUUCAUUUCGAUUAUCUGUUCAGAGCUGGACGUACCGAUGGUCAAGAUUAAUUUGUGAGGAGCACUUUAUGAUAAUAUAAUUUACAGUUUUAUUUGUAGCAUUCAAAAGGUGUGUCGGUGCUGUAGGCAUCAUUUUGCUGUUAAUUUAAUGCUUCUUUAUUCGAUUUUUUCAGUUUACUAACGUUUAUCAAUUCAAUUUGUAGAUUAGUAAAUUCGAUUGUUUUCACCUGUUUGUGUUUGUGAAUUGGGUGGCACAUAUAUUUUACAUUGAUGCCAGUGCAGUUGCUUUAUUGUAGCUUGUAUGGUUUUUUAAAGAUUCAGGACCAAGAACAGGUUACCAGCAGCCACUUUUUU